ACUAGACCAUUUUUUUUUCUCUCCCCUUUCUCCUACUCUCGUUCACUUGCCUUCAGAUCUGACUGGCAGCGAGCGAUUUUAUUUUCUCCUCCGGUCUCUCCCUCUCUCUCGUCUACGUUCCCUCUCCUCGCCGUUGGUGCUUCCUUCUCGGCUGUGGAUCUGAUUAUAUCUAACCUCGGAUUUUCUCUUACCGCGAUCAGUGGUCAAACAUGGCUGCGGCCAACGCCCCUAUCACGAUGAAGGAGGUCCUGACGCUUCCGAGCGUCGGGAUCAAUCAGCAAUUCAUCACGUUUACCAAUGUUACUAUGGAGUCCGACAAGUAUAUCUGUGUACGAGAGACGGCACCACAAAACAGUGUUGUAAUCAUAGAUAUGAAUAUGCCGAUGCAGCCUUUAAGAAGGCCUAUUACUGCAGAUUCUGCUCUUAUGAAUCCAAACUCGAGGAUCCUUGCCUUAAAAGCUCAAGUUCCAGGAACUACUCAGGAUCAUCUACAGAUAUUUAACAUCGAAGCAAAAGCAAAGUUGAAAUCGCAUCAGAUGCCUGAGCAGGUUGUCUUUUGGAAAUGGAUUACACCAAAGAUGUUGGGGCUGGUCACACAGACUUCCGUUUAUCAUUGGUCAAUUGAAGGUGAUACUGAGCCAGUUAAGAUGUUUGAUAGAACGGCAAAUUUGGCCAACAAUCAAAUUAUAAACUAUAAGUGCUCUCCUAAUGAGAAGUGGUUGGUUUUAAUUGGAAUUGCUCCUGGCUCUCCUGAGAGACAACAAUUAGUAAAAGGAAAUAUGCAGCUUUUCUCCGUGGAUCAACAGCGGAGCCAGGCCCUUGAGGCACAUGCUGCGUCAUUUGCGCAGUUUAAGGUCCCUGGGAAUGAGAAUCCUUCUAUUCUUAUAUCCUUUGCAAGCAAGAGUUUUAAUGCUGGGCAGAUAACAUCAAAGUUGCAUGUCAUUGAACUUGGUGCCCAACCCGGAAAACCAUCAUUUACAAAAAAGCAAGCUGAUCUCUUUUUUCCCCCUGAUUUUGCUGAUGAUUUUCCUGUUGCCAUGCAGGUCUCUCACAAAUUUAACUUGAUAUAUGUUAUCACCAAGCUUGGCCUGUUGUUUGUAUACGAUCUAGAGACUGCUUCUGCUAUCUACAGAAAUCGGAUUAGUCCCGACCCAAUUUUCUUGACUUCUGAAGCUUCCUCAGUUGGGGGUUUCUAUGCCAUUAAUAGGCGAGGACAAGUUCUUUUGGCUACAGUAAACGAGGCUACCAUUAUACCUUUUAUUAGUGGUCAAUUGAACAAUUUGGAACUUGCUGUCAAUCUUGCUAAACGAGGGAACCUCCCAGGUGCAGAAAAUCUGGUUGUCCAGCGGUUCCAAGAGUUGUUCGCUCAAACAAAGUACAAGGAGGCUGCUGAGCUUGCUGCUGAAUCUCCUCAAGGAAUUCUAAGGACACCUGAUACAGUGGCCAAAUUUCAGAGUGUUCCUGUACAAGCUGGACAAACUCCUCCACUGUUACAAUAUUUUGGGACUCUUUUGACUAGAGGGAAGCUCAAUUCAUAUGAGUCGCUGGAACUAUCUCGGCUUGUUGUGAACCAAAACAAAAAGAACCUCCUGGAAAACUGGUUGGCAGAGGAUAAGCUAGAAUGCAGUGAAGAACUUGGAGACCUUGUCAAGACUGUGGAUAAUGAUCUUGCUCUGAAAAUAUACAUCAAAGCUCGGGCGACUCCAAAAGUUGUAGCAGCUUUUGCAGAAAGACGGGAGUUUGACAAAAUACUGAUUUACUCAAAGCAGGUUGGGUACACACCUGAUUACCUGUUUCUUCUGCAAACCAUACUCCGUACAGAUCCUCAGGGAGCGGUAAAUUUUGCAUUAAUGAUGUCUCAAAUGGAAGGAGGUUGUCCAGUUGACUACAACACCAUCACUGAUCUUUUUCUUCAGAGAAAUCUGAUCCGAGAAGCAACUGCUUUCCUUCUGGAUGUGCUGAAGCCAAAUUUACCUGAGCAUGCGUUUCUGCAAACUAAGGUUGAAAAUUGUUGCCAUUUUGUAUCUUUCCGUCUUUUCUUGAUUCACCUUCUUUCCUUAAAUCAUUUGUCAACACAGGUUCUGGAGAUCAAUUUGGUAACCUUUCCUAAUGUGGCUGAUGCGAUAUUAGCAAAUGGAAUGUUCAGCCACUAUGACCGGCCUCGUGUUGCCCAACUUUGUGAAAAGGCUGGGCUUUAUAUCCAAUCCUUGAAGCAUUACUCAGAGUUACCUGAUAUAAAACGUGUAAUUGUGAACACACAUGCUAUCGAGCCACAGGCUCUUGUUGAGUUUUUUGGCACUCUUUCUAGCGAUUGGGCUAUGGAGUGCAUGAAGGAUCUGUUGCUGGUCAACCUGAGAGGCAAUCUGCAGAUAAUCGUUCAGGCUUGCAAGGAGUACUGUGAGCAACUAGGUGUUGAUGCAUGUAUUAAGCUCUUUGAGCAGUUCAAGUCAUACGAAGGGCUAUACUUUUUCCUAGGUUCAUAUUUGAGUAUGAGUGAGGAUCCGGAGAUUCACUUCAAGUACAUUGAAGCUGCUGCUAAGACUGGUCAAAUAAAGGAGGUUGAGCGUGUAACUAGAGAAUCUAACUUCUAUGAUGCUGAAAAGACGAAAAACUUUUUGAUGGAAGCUAAGCUGCCUGAUGCACGACCUUUGAUAAAUGUCUGCGACCGUUUCGGCUUUGUGCCUGAUCUUACUCAUUACCUCUACACAAACAACAUGCUUCGUUACAUUGAAGGUUACGUACAAAAGGUGAACCCUGCGAAUGCUCCCUUAGUUGUGGGACAGUUGCUUGAUGAUGAAUGCCCUGAAGAUUUUAUAAAAGGCCUUAUUCUUUCUGUUCGCUCGUUGCUUCCUGUUGAACCACUUGUGGAGGAAUGCGAGAAGAGAAAUCGACUUCGUCUCCUCACUCAGUUCUUGGAGCAUCUAGUUAGUGAGGGAAGCCAAGACGUGCAUGUCCAUAAUGCCUUGGGUAAAAUUAUCAUAGACAGUAACAACAACCCUGAGCAUUUCCUGACCACCAACCCUUACUACGACUCUAAGGUUGUGGGUAAAUAUUGUGAGAAACGUGAUCCUACCUUGGCGGUUGUGGCAUACAGAAGAGGACAAUGUGAUGAGGAACUCAUCAAUGUCACUAACAAAAACUCUUUGUUCAAGUUACAAGCCAGGUAUGUAGUGGAGAGGAUGGAUGGUGAUCUCUGGGAUAAGGUUCUCGAAGAAAACAAUGAGUAUAGACGACAACUUAUUGACCAAGUUGUUUCUACUGCUUUACCUGAAAGCAAGAGCCCGGAGCAAGUUUCUGCAGCUGUUAAAGCAUUCAUGACUGCUGAUUUGCCACACGAGCUUAUUGAGCUUCUUGAAAAGAUCGUUCUUCAAAAUUCUGCCUUCAGUGGGAAUUUUAAUCUGCAAAAUCUGCUUAUAUUGACUGCUAUUAAGGCAGAUCCAUCUAGAGUUAUGGAUUACAUUAAUAGGCUGGACAACUUUGAUGGACCUGCUGUUGGAGAAGUCGCAGUUGAAGCCCAAUUGUAUGAGGAAGCAUUUGCUAUCUUCAAGAAGUUUAACUUAAAUGUUCAGGCUGUCAAUGUAUUGCUGGAUAACGUCAAAAGCAUUGAGCGUGCAGUUGAGUUUGCUUUCCGGGUCGAAGAAGAUUCUGUUUGGAGCCAAGUAGCUAAGGCGCAACUCAGGGAAGGACUCGUCAGUGAUGCAAUUGAGUCCUUUAUCCGCGCUGAUGAUGCCACUCAUUUCUUGGAGGUCAUUCGUGUCUCUGAAGAUACUGAUGUCUAUGAUGACUUGGUCAAAUACCUUCUGAUGGUUAGACAGAAGGUGAAGGAACCCAAGGUUGACAGUGAGCUCAUCUAUGCAUAUGCAAAGAUCGAUAGGUUAGGUGAGAUUGAAGAAUUCAUUCUGAUGCCAAACGUUGCUAAUCUACAAAAUGUUGGUGAUCGCCUGUAUGAUGAAGCUCUCUAUGAGGCUGCAAAAAUAAUCUAUGCGUUCAUAUCAAACUGGGGUAAGUUAGCUGUCACACUUGUGAAGUUGCAACAGUUCCAAGGUGCUGUUGACGCUGCAAGGAAAGCAAACAGUGCAAAGACAUGGAAGGAAGUCUGCUUUGCUUGCGUUGAUGCAGAGGAGUUCCGGUUGGCCCAAAUCUGUGGUCUUAACAUUAUCAUUCAGGUGGAUGACUUGGAAGAAGUCAGCGAGUACUACCAGAACAGAGGGUGCUUCAAUGAAUUAAUCUCGCUUAUGGAGAGUGGACUUGGGCUGGAACGUGCCCACAUGGGUAUCUUUACCGAGUUGGGUGUACUCUAUGCUAGAUAUCGCUAUGAGAAACUUAUGGAACACAUCAAGUUAUUUUCAACUCGCCUCAAUAUUCCCAAGCUUAUACGGGCCUGUGAUGAGCAACAGCACUGGCAGGAACUUACAUAUCUGUACAUUCAAUAUGAUGAGUUUGAUAAUGCUGCGACCACUGUCAUGAACCAUUCUCCUGAAGCUUGGGAGCACAUGCAGUUUAAAGACAUUGUUGCCAAGGUAGCAAAUGUUGAAUUGUACUACAAGGCUGUGCACUUCUACUUGCAAGAGCAUCCUGAUAUAAUCAACGAUCUUCUCAACGUGCUUGCGUUGCGGCUAGACCACACUCGUGUUGUUGAUAUAAUGCGGAAGGCUGGUCACUUAAAACUUAUCAAGCCAUACAUGAUUGCAGUUCAGAGCAACAAUGUCUCUGCUGUUAAUGAGGCUCUGAAUGAGAUAUACGUGGAAGAAGAAGACUAUGAUAGGUUGCGGGAGUCUAUUGAUUUACAUGACAGCUUUGACCAGAUUGGCCUUGCUCAGAAGAUCGAGAAGCACGAGCUUGUUGAAAUGAGACGUGUGGCUGCAUAUAUCUACAAAAAAGCGGGUAGAUGGAAGCAAUCAAUUGCUUUAUCAAAGAAAGACAACAUGUACAAAGACUGUAUGGAAACUGCUUCACAAUCCGGCGAACAUGAACUUGCAGAACAACUACUGGUGUAUUUCAUUGAACAGGGCAAAAAGGAAUGCUUUGCCACAUGUCUCUUUGUAUGUUAUGACUUAAUCCGACCAGAUGUGGCUCUAGAACUUGCCUGGAUCAACAAUAUGAUGGACUUUGCCUUCCCGUAUCUCCUCCAGUUUAUCCGAGAAUACUCUGGCAAAGUGGAUGAGCUAAUAAAGGACAAGAUAGAGGCACAAAAAGAAGUUAAGGCCAAAGAGCAGGAAGAGAAGGAGGUCAUGUCCCAACAGAACAUGUACGCCCAGCUAUUGCCACUUGCUUUACCUGCACCACCGAUGCCAGGAAUGGGAGGUGGUGGUGGGUAUGGUCCGCCACCAACAAUGGGUGGUAUGCCAGGAAUGCCGCCCAUGCCAGCAUAUGGAAUGCCACCGAUGGGAGGUUACUAAGAACUUAUGUUUUAAUAUCCGCAUUUGGAGAGAGUUAUCAGAAACGCAUAGUCGGCCCAAUUUUCUAGGGAGGUGUUCGUCUUAGACAAUAUCUGACCAGAAUUUUGUCUGGGAAUAAUGUGGAUAAUAACCCAAUUUCGUUGUAAUAUUCUGUGGUGGUUAGAUGAGUCAUUUUUUUUUGUGUUGUUGAAAGCCAUUGGCAUUUAUCUUGGGAGGAGAGUGGCUCGUAUGAGUUUGUAGUUGUACGUUCUUUCUCCAUUUCUUUCCAUUUGAUUUUCGAUUCCUUGAACCGAUUGAGAGUUGCACCUUUGUUGUUUGUAGUUAAUAUGAGAUAAUUGAAUGGACUUGUUAGUACAUUUUCA